CCAGGACCAGAUUUUAGACUUCAUAUUAUGCACAGCUUUUGGUGGCUCCUUUGUGCUCUUCACCAUGUCAUCUGGGCUGCAACCAUGUUGAUCUCCAUCCAAGCCAUGCCGCCUGAACUCCCGGUUCGAUGCAACAAAAAUGGCUGCAACCUCUACAACUCCUAUGGGGUAUGGGGCGACAGAAAAGAUUGCCAUGUUCAGAAUGUCACAUACCCAACAACCGAAGAGGAGCUCCGGCUAGCUGUGGCUUAUGCAAAUCAGAACAAGCUCAAAGUCAAAGUUGUGAGCCAAUUUUCUCACACCAUCCCCAAGCUGGCCUGCCCUGCCACAAGCUCCGGGAAUUCAAUGCUAAUAAGCACAGCCAAAUACAAUUCAUCGAUUGAAAUUGACGCGAAGAAUUUGGCUGUCACGGUUGAUGCCGGCAUAGGGCUGCGCCGAUUGAUCGACGCGGUGGAAGAAGCCGGCUUGAGCUUGGUGGCUGCGCCAUAUUGGGAGGGUGUGAGUGUAGGAGGGCUUGUAAGCACAGGGGCACAUGGGAGCUCAUGGUGGGGAAAAGGAGGAGCUGUGCAUGAUCAUAUUGUUGGGCUCAGCCUCAUUGUUCCAGCAAAACAAUCAGAAGGGUUUGCCAAGAUUGUCAAGUUAGAACCAAAAGAUCAAAUCUUUAAUGCUGCCAAAGUAUCAUUGGGACUAUUAGGUGUCAUUUCCAAGGUGAAGUUGUCGCUAGAGCCAAGAUUCAAAAGGAGCAUAGCUUACGACUUUACAGAUGAUGCUCAAAUUGAGAACAUAUACAUGGACCAUGCUAAGAAAUAUGAGUUCGCAGAUAUAACUUGGUACCCAUCAAAGCAUACAGCUGCUUACAGAUAUGAUAACAGAGUUCCCUUAAAUGCCUCAGGCGAUGGAACAUAUGAUUUCCUAGGCUUCCAAUCCAAUUCUAUUCUCAUCUCCAAGAGUAUUAGAGCAACAGAGAAAACCAUGGAUAAUGGACGCAGCUUGGGUGGAAAAUGCACAAUGGCAGCUUCAUUUUUAGGGGUGAAGAAAUUAGUGGCUAAUGGCUUGAAGAAUGGCCUAAUCUUUACUGGGUACCCAGUAAUUGGUCCCCAGGGCAAAAUGCAAACCUCAGGCUCAUGCCUGUACUCAACAGCCGCAGACAACUCAUGUGCAUGGGACCCAAGAAUCAAUGGCCUCUUCUUCUAUGAAACAACAGCAAUAUUUCCAGCAUCAAAAUUUGGAGACUUCAUCAGAGACGUGAAGAAACUAAGAGACCUAAAACCAGACAACUUUUGUGGGGUUGAUAUAUACAACGGGUUUUUGAUACGUUUCAUUAGGGCAACUGGGGCAUAUCUUGGUCAGCCUGAAGACUCCGUGGUCGUUGAUUUUAAUUACUUUCGUGCUGAUGAUGCUUUGACUCCAAGAUUCAAUCAAGAUGUGUGGGAAGAAGUGGAGCAAUUGGCUUUCUUCAAGUACGGGGCUAGGCCACAUUGGGCUAAGAACAGGAACUUAGCCUUUUUGGAUGUGCAGAAAAAAUAUCCUAAUUUUAAUAAAUUUGUAGCUGUGAAAAGACAAUUGGACCCUCAGAAUUUGUUCUCAAGUGAGUGGUCUGAUGAGGUUGUGUUUGGGAAAGAGGGUGUGAAGGGAGAUGGGUGUGCUUUGGAGGGCCAAUGCAUUUGCUCUGAGGACAGGCAUUGCAGCCCUGGAAAAGGGUACUUCUGUAAACCUGGCCUUGUUUAUCAGGAGGCUAGAGUUUGUAGGUACUCAUCAUCACCACCAUCACCAUUCUCUGUGGGAUCAGGUAGUGAUAAGAAUGAUUUAUGAUUUGAUGAAUUAAUUAUUGUAGAAAAACAUCAUUGGUCAUUUUGAAUAAUUAAAAGUUUCAGUG